UAACCAGAAACUAAUAAAGACACAAAACAAACAAGUCACCAUGUCAGAACAACGCGUAAAACGCAAGAAGCUAACCCUAACACUCAAAAUCAAGAACGAAAUAAUAAACCGGAUAGACGCGGGCGAAACCUACAGCCAACUCUCCCGAGAAUUCAACAUUGGUCGGUCCACCAUCUACGACAUUUACAAAAACCGUCACAAUAUAGGAACAGCCGCUAAACUUCCAUACAAAUCUGAAAGAAAAACUUUAAGAUCAGCCGAUAAUCCGGAGUUGGAAGAGAAAUUAUACCAAUGGUAUUUAGAAGAAAAAAGUUUAUAUCCUAUGACGGGGUCGCUGAUAAUAUUGAAGGCGAGGACUUUACACAAGGAGAUGACGGGGAGGGAUGACUUUAUGGCCAGUACGGGGUGGCUGGAUCGGUUUAAGAAGAGGAGGGGUAUAGUGCUGGGGGGGAUUAAAGGAGCCAGCUCUUCAAGGCCGGAGACUCCACCAAUAGUACGAGACCCUUUACCAGAACCAGUACCCGGACCAGCCGCAGAGGACGGCCAAGUUGAGAAGACUAAAGGGGAACAACUCGUGAUCAGGGUGACGGACAAUAUGAACUCCAAAAGAAACGUUUUCAACACGUUCACAAUCAAUGAUGGCCAUUUUGAAAACGUCAUUGUCAAGGAGGAAAGGUUGGGAGGUGAAUACCAGGCGGAAGAACAGGAGAUGGAACCAACAGAAGAUGAGGUGGACGAGCCCCAUGAUCAGGAAGCGAUGUUCCCGCAGCCUGAGGCUAUUUUGGGGGGAAUGGAUGAGGUGAUGGAGGAGAAGAAUUCCGUGAUCAGGGACCUGAACGACACCCUUCGCAAGUUCUUAGCUGAAUACAAAACACGUAAUGCUUUAAUGCGCGAACGCAUAGAUCUCGAAAGAGCGCGUCUACAGUUUGACAUGGAAGUUUACAGAAGUAGGCAAAUGGAAAAACGUGUUAUAGCAGUGAAUGCUGCCAAUGCUGCUAAUGUCAUGAAUGCUGCCAGCGCUGCUAACGCCAUGAAUACGAAUGCAGCUAAUAUUAUGAAUGUGAAUUCAGCUAAUGUCAUAAAUGCUGCAAACGCUGCAAAUAUCAUGAAUGCUGCAAGUGCUGCUAACGUCAUGACUACGAAUGCAGCUGUAAUGACCAAUGCUAAAAAUGCUGGAAACGUUAGCAAUAACACUAUAACUGUUGGUAAUGCUGGCAAUGGAAAUAAUGCUAAUUUUGGAACGGUCAACGCGUCAAACGCUGCAAAGUCAGCAAAUGUAACUACAGCUAAUAAUGUUGUAAAUGUAACAAGUAAUACUUCUAAUGUCACUACAGUUGCUGCUACAAGUUCUGACGCAGCCAGUACUAGUAAAGCUAACCCUAUAAUCACUAUCAACCCUACGAAUACUGCAAAUACUGGAAACGCUAAUAAUAAUUGCCCUUCUAAUCCUGUCAUGACUCUUAAUCCUAUAACCUCUAGAAAAUUUGGAAAUACUGGAAUCUCUGUUCAAAUUGGAAACGCUAGCGUCGAAAACACUCCUAAUGUUGCUGCAAAUUCGCCUAACGCUGCAAACGUGAAAAAUGUUGAUAAUACUAAUAUUACUAAUACAGAAAGUGCUGAUGAUGCUAAUGCAAAAAUAGAAGACGCUAUGGAUGAAACGUAGUUU